AUUUGUAAGUCGCUCUGGAUAAGAGCGUCUGCUAAAUGACUUAAAUGUAAAUGUACAUCGAACAAAGAAGUAAUGAAAAAUAUUUCUGUGAGGGACCAAAGUGGACUUAUAGUUGUGAUAAGAAAAUAACUACUCUGAGGAAGAACACCUGGUUCCACAGUGGUAGAUUCUCUCUGUAUGAGAACACUGGAGGAAACUACUUCAAGGUGAUCAUCAGACAACUGACCAGACAAGAUGAAGGGACCUACUGGUGUGGAGUGGACAACCCUAUUAUACCUGACAGUUAUACCAAGGUAGAGCUGGAUGUGAAGAAGGAUGACUGCUGUGGGAAGUCAGUCAUAGAGACGGCCAAUCUGGGAGGAGAAGCUACCAUCAGAUGCAACUAUCCAGAGGACCAUGAGGACAGCAUCAAGUAUUUCUGCAAGGAAAGCAAUGACUUCAAGACUUGUGUUAAUAUGAUCUCUGCUCACCAGACAACUGCAGAAGCUGGUCGUUUCUCUGUGUCUGACAACAGAAGAGAGAGAUUCUCCACAGUGACCAUCAGGGACCUGACUGAAGAUGAUACUGGGACCUACUGGUGUGGAGUAGAAACCAGCAGGACAGAACAACGUUACAUUACACUGAUCACACAGGUGAAGCUGGAUGUUAUAAUUGUGGACCAGAUCUUUACUGAGCUGUGA